AUGGGAUCGCUUUUUCCGUGGCUUAUUCUAACUCGUGAUGAUGUCGGCUUCCCAAUUCUGAAAUGCAGCACGUGCUUCGAGCAUGGCGUGGAAGGCGCGAAUACGGCGUAUGGCAAGGGUGGCAGUGGAGGGCGUGACAUGCAGAAGGAGAGCAUCCGGACGCACCAGCGCUCCACUGUACACCUGGAUGCACACGCCGUGAAGAAGUCGAAGGAGAGCCGGAAGCUACGUCAGGCGUUGCUGAGUGAGUUUGAAGGGCUGGAUCGCGGCACGCUUCACAUCAUCACCGCUCUCAAAACUGCCGUUUACACCUGCAAGUCGGAGGCGCCGAUCACCUCCUACGUGGGCUUCAUCAAAUUCAUGGCCGAGCUGGGCGUCCCGAACCUUCCUUUGGAUUCCAAGGGAAGCUACUUUUUGGAGUACGGGUUUGGGGAGUUGCUUGACGCUGCCGCGAAGUACUUGCGUCAGGAGCAACUGAAGCAAAUCGAAGCCAGCCCAUACAUCCGCAAACAGCUCGAUGAGAGUAUCGAUAAGGUGCGCGGCAAGGACCUGAUCGUGUACGUGAGCUACAUGAAGGACGGUGCGAGCGUCUGUGAGUUUCUCACGCUGCUGACGAUGGAGAAAUGUGAUGCGGCAAGCCUCAUCGACGUUCUACUGACACUCCUUGACGCCGUGGGCAUUGACCUGUCAAAGAUUGUCGAAAUUAGCACUGACGGCGCCAGAGUCAUGACGGGCACCAGCAAUGGCGUUGUUGCACGACUCCGGGCGAGGAAUCCCUAUCUCGUGUCUUGCCACUGUAUCGCACAUCGGGAGGCGUUGGCCGCGCGUGAUGCUGCACUGGAGGUGCCGGAGUUCAACAUCGUUGACCACGCGGUGCGCAACGUGGCGGAACAAAUGUCUAGAAGCAGCAUCUGGGAUCAGCGUUUCCUGCACCUCCAGGAGUACAUAUGCGACACCAACCUAGAGCUGCAGGGGAUCCACGCCGUGCGAUGGCUCUCCAGAGGGGAGGCAGUGAAGCGGUUUGCCAAGGUUCUGCCGGCGACUAUUGUGCUACUGCACGAUUUCAAACACGAACUCUAUGAAGCCGUGACCUCCUUCAAAUUCCAUUUCAUGCUGUAUUUUCUUGCAGGCAUCCUUGCCGUGCUCAACGACCUCAACACCAAGUUCCAACAGCACCAGGUUGACAUCACGGUGGUCGCGGGGGAGGUGUCGCUGGCAUGCCGAACUAUUGAAGUGUGUUACGUGGACUGCGAGGAUCGUUUCGACAACGAUCAGUCGCCCAUGCUCGGCGAGUUCCUGAAGAAGCAUGGCAACCCGGGGUUCCGCGAAGUCACGGUCGAAGGAGUGGACCGGGAUGACGACCCUGCAGAGCACACAUUCACUCUACACGAGCGUCCAAUCCCAGGUCAUAAGAGUGGCGGCGACUGCUACUCCUGCAAAGCUGUGUGCCAGGAGUUUGCCAAGGAGUGCAUUGGGCGUCUCGAGUUCCGCUUGGAAGACUUGAAGGACAUGGCCGGCUAA